UUUUCUCUUGACAAGAGAUUUUAAUUUGCGUUUCGCCGUCACAGGGAUCACUGCCUCUGAAACUUGUGUUUGACAUUCCCGAAAACUUCCCUUUGGAUGGAGCUCUGGUGGUGCAGUUGAUGAACGUUCUCGGUGUGAGCAUCACGACGUUCCAGAAGGAAAAGCAGCACCUCACCACAGUCACCGUCAGGGGCACCGAGCGCUUUGCCACCAACAUCUAUGAAGCUCGAAGAAUCUUGCUGGGAAUAACGGAAGCGCCUGUCAUUGCUGAAAUUCCAGAAACAUACCAUAUUCCAACUAAGCCAAGUCUUUUGAAUGUUCCAGUCGUGGGUUCCAUUCCAAAAUGCUAUGGAAGUGAUAGUUCUUCUGAAUCUUGCCCCAACAGAAGCACACCAGACACAUUAUCAAAAGUAUCAAUAACUGCUACAGGAAACAAUGGAAUGCAAGGAGCCCAAGAAGUUUUAUUAACAGACUCUGGAGGAAAAGGAAUACACUCUUCCUGGCUAGAGAUGUUGAAUAGCCUAGAUUUUAUUCAAAAUUGCUUGAAGACUGGGAAUCCUCCUCCAUUUGAAAUUGGACAGAGGCCACUGAGCACUCAUGGAAAGAAUUUCCCUGAUAUGCAAUUGAUGACUAAUCCUUCAACUGGUGAAUGCAACACUGCUCUUGAACAUGCUCAAAACUUACAGAACAGCCACUUUGGAGUAGACACACUUCUGCUCUACAUGGGAUUACAGAAAUAUAUAGAUUUAUUCCAUGCUGAAGAGAUUGAUUGGCCUGUAUUUCAGACUUUGAAUGAACAAGAUUUGAUUAACAUUGGCAUUACAGCUUAUGGAUCAAGGCGCAAAAUAUUGGGAAUUAUUGCUGCUCUGAAGAAGUUCCAAGUUCCCUUCUCAGGGAGUGCAGCUCCAGGGGCAGAGCGCAGAGGGCCAUUGGACAUGCAAGAUACAGGGGCGACUCCUUGGUAAACGGGGAGGAGAAGAUUCUUUUAUAAUUAUCAUCUUUUAUUAAAGUUAUUAUCUUUCAGUAUGGAUAUAACAAAAUGCUGAAGGACUAAAUAUUAUAGUUGGAGAUGGAUGACAAAGAAUCUUUUGAAUCCAUUUAAUUUUAUGGAUUCACCAAUUCUUCAUCCAUUUUCAUUUGUUAAUCCGUUGAUGAAUUUGUACAGAAUCAUUCAUGAGAUUGAUUUUAAUUUCAAGGGUAUUUUAUUAGGUAAGCUUGAGAUAAAUCUGCUGGGCACAUUUGCUCAUUUUUAAUGAAAAUGACAGAAUUUCUAUAAACUCUCCAGAUUUAAAUUUUGAAAUCAUGAUAUCUUCACUAUGUAACUUGCAAGUUUUCCUCCAUUACACUUAAUAUUUUUGUACUUCUAAUAUUCUUCUGUAUCAUGUACUGUGCUUUUGUGGACAAUUUAAUCAAAUGUUUACAAGCUAAAGAAUAUGAAAAAUAAUAAGAACUUUAUUCUUAUAAAUUUUGAUCAAUGAAUAUUGUUGUAGAAAUUUCAAAUAAAAUUAUGUUUGUCAAUGUAUAAAGAUUCUAAAGUGACAUAGUGGCGCUCAGUCAACUAAUAGAAAUCUGUGAUAUAUUUUGAAGUAAUAAGUAAAUUUUCAGACACAAGAUCUUUGCUCAAAAGAAAAUUAGAGAAUGACUGGUGUUUAGUAUAUUUGAUGACUGUGCCUAAAGUUUUUGCUUGUGAAAUUUGACAGAAUUUUCAAAUCAAGAACUGACCACAAAAAAUUACUGUUUGUAAAGACUGUAUUUAUUAAUAUGAAUUAAUUGUAUUCUCAAAAUGUAUUUGUAAGAAGUAUCAACUGAAGGGGUAUAUAGAUAUAAACAUUUCAAAAUGGAAAGGACAUGUGUGCAAACACAUUAUCAAUCUUAAUGUCGGAAUAAGUUCAGAAUUUUGAUUUUUCUCUUAUGAACUUCAUAAAUUACAGUAAAAUUUGUUCAUAUUGUGCGAUGUGUUUAGAGUGCAUGUUUUUAUUGAAAAAUCAUGAAAUGUACUAAAAUUCUUUGACAUAACUGUUAAUAAUAAGGAUAAAUCAUUAUUUUGAAAUGAAAUGUUGAUUAAUUUUUGUAAAGUUUGUAUAUCCAGUUUCAAAGAGUUCUUCUAAAAGUGACACAUGCUGGGAACAUUAAAAAUAAGUGUAAUGGAUCUGAUUCUAUAAUGUGCAUUAAUGAAAGACAUGAAGUAAUUUUCAUAUUUUCUCAUAGUACUGUAGCUCAUCAAUUCUCGACACUUUAUGCUUGUAUUGUCACUGAUGCUACUUACAAAUUCUACAUAAUUAUUGUGGAAAUUUAACAUUUGUUUAUCAGACAUAAUUUUGUAUCAAGACACCAAUUGCUAUAAUUAUGACAGCUGGAGUAAUUAUUCCAUUGCUUCAAUUGAGACAUUGCUUGUAAGAAGCAAGCAGUCAAAAGGUGAAUAUUUGUUACAGUUUUCAAGACACAAUUUUGUAAUAGUAUGUUAAUAAAGUUCAUUUCUG